AUGGCCAUCUCCACCGCCUGCAGCAUCCGCCUCCACGCCGCCCCUCCCUCUCGCCGCCGCGGCAGCGUCGUCGCCUCCGCCGUGCGGAUCGACAGGCGCUCGGCCGUCCUGCUCCUGCUGUCCGCGGCGGUGCCGGCUGGGACAGCUCCUCCGGCGAACGCUGCGGGCAUCGGGCUCUUCGGCAUCCGCAAGAAGCUGGAGCGGGCGGAGGAGUCAGCGGCAGAGGCUGUGCGGGAGGUGGAGGAGGCAGCAGCGGAGGCCGCGGCGAUCGGAGGGGAGGCAGUGAAGGAGGCAGCGGUGGAGGCCGCGGCGGUCGGAGGGGAGGCAGUGAAGGAUGCGGUGGUAGAGGCGGAGAAGGAGGCGAGCGAGGUUGCAGGUAAGGGACUGCAGCUGGUGGCCGGCGCGGAGCUCGCCGGGGACGGUCUGGUGCAGGCCGCGGUGGUCGCCGGCGCCGAGGCGCUCGGGGUUGUCGUGGGUCUGUCCGUGGUCAAUGGCAUCCUGAAGCCCGAAGCUUGA